AUGUUGCAAAAAUGGACAUGGAUCCAUCACCCGUUGUUGAAGAUCAACCAGGCGUAUCGGAUAUGGACCUCACCUGGGCCUCAGAUCAAGAUUAAGAUGAAUGUGUGUACUACCAUGAAGGAAGUGAUCUAUACACAGAAGAUGUCGAUGAUGUCCGUAGUGUCUGUGACGACGGAAGAUGUGAAGAUCGAGGACCUUCAACUAUGUAGAUCGGAUAAUCAGACCCCAGAAGGAAUUGAUCGACUUCGCCAAAGGAUCUGGAAGUUCCGACAUCUCUUGAUCGGCAAAGGAAAUGCCCUUCCACCGGCGGCCAGAGGUGUCGUAUGCGAUAUCUAUGUCGGAGGAGCGAGGCCUAUCGCCCUGAAGUGUCGUAAGCUGCGGAUCCAGUUCAGGGAGAAGCUGACAGACCUGAUCAAGGGUCUGUUACCCGCCAAGACGAUCAAUUACUCUAGAUCGCCGUGGGCUUCCCCGAUCGUGGUGGUCAUCAAGAAGAACGGAGUGGAUAUCAGGUUGUGCAUCGAUUACCGGUUGAUUAAUAGUCUAACCCAGCUGAUGAUAUACCCAAUGCCAUUUAUCAACGACUUACUUGAAGAUCUGGAGUCGACAUUUUGCUAUUCCUCUUUGGAUAUGGUGAGUGGAUUUUGGGUGGUGAAAAGGACGGAUCGGGCUCGUUUGAUCUCGGCUUUUAUCACUCCGUUUGGGUUAUUUGAGUGGAAUCGAAUGACUUUUGGCUUGAAAAAUUUGCUCCAGAUCUAUCAACGUAUGAUUGAUAACGCGCUAUAUGGAUUCACCCGGGUCCCGAAGUUCGAAGAUCAUGGAAGAGCGGUGGAUGGGUUUGAGGACGGGGAACAGGUCGAUCCAGGCAAGCCAUCGGUGCUCGGGCGUAGAUCAUACAUCGACGACAUCCUGAUCCCAGCCAAUAACCGGGAUCAAUUAUGUGAUCGAGUCGAAGGUUUACUCGAAGCGUGUGAUAAGUGGAAUCUAUGUGGUUCAGAGUUUCUAGGGAAUGCCUAA